AUUUCCCAGUUAUUAUGUAAUUUAGCAGCCGCGCAGGGACCCAGGGAACCCCAACAGUAUGGAGCCAAUGCAUGGAACCAUAGAGCAUCUCAGGGGCAGAGAUGAACGCUACCCGGCGGCUCACAGGGCAGUACAAUGGGCUGAGUUUGGAAGAGAGAGUGCAGCGCCACCUGGUGUUUGUGACAGCUCAUUACAUACAGGACUCCAUCUCCAUCACUUCUGCCCUACGCUGAGACUCUGUGCCAAGCAGCCGCACAUUUCUACCUCGGCUCAGUAUCCACAUUCUAUAGACUUUUCUAUUAACUGUAAAUCACCUCCCAGUUACACUUUGGGUCGGCGUUGGAUCAGAGUUCCCAGAGGGCAGCUGGAUGGGUUUAUUGCCAAUAGAUCCAUCUCUCCAAAUGCUGCAACAGGAGAAUCUGAAUGGAAAGUCCUAGGAAGAAGCUACAUUACUCCAGUGCCACAGAGUCCAAUUGCACCGACUGCUGUCAUGUUGGGCCAGCGUGUAACAUUGCCCAGAGAACCUGGGUGUCUGACUUUGAGACCAUAGACAAAGAGAUGGGCAGAAACAUGUCCGGCACCAAGAACCCAUUCACUCCCUUUCCCUGUGCGAAAAAUAAACUCAAGUUACAAAUAAUAAUACAAUUAUUCAAGGAACUGCUCUCAACCAAUCAAAUCAAUUAGGAACCAUAAAAUGUAGCCAUGAAGAGAGAAAAACCCUUCUCAGUGCAGAGCAGCCAAUCGUGAGGGAGCCAUUGUCCACUUAAAUGUCAGGCUGGGUGUAUCGGGCAAGACGUUUGCCAUCAAGGCCUUAAAGAAGCAAGAAAUGAGUUGCGAAGAAAUGAAGUUGAACAGUGCUCUGAUAGAGAAGGAGAUACUUCUAUUGGUCAGGCGAGAGCAACAUCCUUUCCUCACCGGAUUGUUUGCCUCGUUCCAAACACAGCAUCACGCUUGCCUCGCCAUGGAUUGUGCGACUGGAGGCGAUUUAACCAAAGUGAUGAGAAGACCAGAAUUUAACUUCGGUGCAGCGGUAUUUUACACUUCCUGCAUUACUCUGGGGUUGGAAUUCCUCCAUGAGCAGAACGUGGUUCAUAGAGAUUUAAAGCUUGAAAAUGUUCUCGUGGAUGAAUCCGGUUAUACAAAAAUUACAGACUCUGGCCUGUGCAAAAAAAAAGGAAUGGGCGUCGGAGUCUUAACCACAUCCGGCGUUGGAACACCCCAUUAUACCGCUCCAGAGAUAUUUAAAGGGGAGCCCUAUGGAAAAGCAGUAGACUGGUGGUCUCUGGGAGUGAUGUUUUAUUACAUGGUGCUUGGCAAGGUAAGUGUUAUUCCUCCAGCCAACAGAAUUAACAGCACAGAAACGUUGUUAUGGGAAUAAAGUAGCAGAAGGAUUUAGCCAAUAGCAAGGGAAGCCCUGCAAUGGGAAUACAUUAAGUGACCAUCUCUACAUUCUGUUAUGCAAAGAGAA